GUUCUUUCAUCAGAAACCCUAGAGUUCAUUUUUUGAGACUAUCGUCGAAUACGCGAGGGGCAGAUCUCAUCCUGCCGUCUAUUUGCGCUUGCUCGAAGCUUCUCUCUUUCCGUCCAUCGCAUCUCCUCAGAAAACGUAGACAAUGGCCAUCGAGAAAGUGGAGCCUCAGAAGCAGAGCAAGUUCCGAUGGGGAGAAAUGGACGAAGAUGAUGACCUUGAUUUCUUGCUCCCGCCUAAGCAAGUUAUCGGCCCAGACGAGAACGGUGUGAAGAAGGUGAUUGAGUACAAGUUCAACGACGAAGGUAACAAGGUCAAGAUCACGACAACAACUAGGGUUCGGAAGCUUGCGUCAGCACGGUUGAAUAAGCGAGCGGUAGAGCGGCGGAGCUGGGCCAAAUUCGGCGAUGCCGCUCGUGAGGACGCCGGAAAUCGCCUAACUAUGGUGUCCACCGAGGAGAUCAUUUUGGAACGACCCAGGGCUCCUGGUACCAAAGCGGAAGAACCAAAAGUAUCGGGCGACAACUUGUCUCAGCUGGGCAAAGCGGGUGCAGUUCUCAUGGUCUGCAGGAUAUGUCACAAGAAAGGUGACCACUGGACAUCCAAAUGCCCUUACAAGGAUCUCGCUUCUCCAACCGAUGCCUUCAUCGACAAGCCCCCAACUUCUGAUGCCUCUGCCUCUGCCUCCGCGGCAUCUGGUCCGGGCAAGGCAGCUUAUGUUCCACCGAGCAUGAGGGCAGGAGCGGACCGAACCACCACUGGUGGUUCGGACAUGAGGAGAAGGAACGAUGAGAACUCUGUCCGGGUCACUAACUUGUCCGAGGAUACACGUGAACCGGACUUGAUGGAGCUGUUCCGAUCGUUCGGUCCAGUGACACGUGUCUAUGUGGCGAUAGACCAGAAGACCGGCGUGAGCAGAGGGUUUGGGUUCGUGAACUUCGUGAGCAGAGAAGAUGCGCAAAGGGCUAUCAACAAGCUGAAUGGCUAUGGUUAUGAUAACCUCAUCCUCCGUGUCGAAUGGGCCACUCCUAGACCUAACUAAGAAAUGUGACAGACAACAACAACAACAACAAAACCCGACCGAGCUGAGUUUCUUUUUGGUAAUACUUUUGAGUUUAUUUCGUAUAAUUUGGAGGAUUUAAUAAAAGCUUUUUCGCUUUUUUUUGUUUGUCUGAGAUAUAUGUUCAUGUAAUUCCGGGUUUAAAAUUUAUAGUACUUACUCUCCUCCCUCUACUUCGUUUU